UCUCCCAUUUCUCUCUCUAAAACCCCCUCUCUCUCUCUCUCUAAAACCUCGAAAUGCCUUUUUUCUCCUUCUCCUCGAGUUCUCUAUAGGUACCCAUCUUUGUCGUGUGAAGGUCAGCUUCCCCACUUCCUCCUCUCUCUAAACCCCUCUUUCUGGUAAUUUGUAGUCUUUUUGCUCUCAAUUAAUGAUCCGUUGUUUUAUUGUAGUUUUUUUACUUGUUUGGCCUUUACUGUGAAUAGUUGAAAGUUGAAAAUUUUGGGGAAAAUCACUUUCUCAUUUUAUUGUUCUGGUGCCCCGAAUUCUCUACCUUGAGCAGUUAUUAGAAAUGGGUUUCUAAAUUUUAACUGGAGUUUUUUAGAUUAAUGGGAAACGAUAUGACUGUGUUUGAGAUGAUGGAAGCUCGCAUGACUUGAGUUGGUUGGUUUUUUAUUUGAUUUACAUGCAUCAGUUGGUUUGAGUUUUUCUAGGGUUUCAAUGGUGGUGAAGAUAGGUUCUCCAUGGUGUUUAAAUGGUGUGAUUUGAUCACUUCUAUGGGGUUUCUGUUGUGCUUGUUAAGGUUUCUGAAAGCUUUGAGGAAAUCCGUAGAAUCUUGAGAGAAAGAGGUGAAAUUUGGAACAUUUACCCCAGGCAAUGUUUUGUUUUGGGAAAUGGAGGACAUGAACUACUGUUUCAAGAAUGUUUCAUGCAUAGUGUGGUUGAAAUGAGGAAUAGGUUUUUAUUGCUGUGAGUUCAUAACUGAGAAAUCAAUCAAUACAAUUCGAAUUUGAGCUAUUGGGGCUUUCUAACCAACCAAUGAUGGAUAACACAGUGAUGGGGUCUGGUCUUUUAUCAGGCCCAUCACCUAGUAUUUUAGGGCUUGAUGCCUCAAUUCACAGACACCAGCAACACCAUCUCACUCACCAACAACUUCCCCAUCAGCACCACAUGCAUGCAAUGGCUGCCUUAUCCGUAGACCACCAUAACAACACAGGCAUGGAGGGCGACCAGUCCUUUUCGAUUUUAGAGCCAAAAAACCCCUCAAAAAAUUUGGGAAUUGGCACCAGAGUAAAGAAUACUAGUAACACCAGUGAUGAAGAUGAACCUAGUUACAAUGAAGAUGGCACCGAUGGCCAAUUUAUUGGAGCCAAGGGCAAGAAGGGAUCUCCAUGGCAACGAAUGAAAUGGAGUGAUCAUAUGGUUAGGCUCUUGAUUACCGUGGUUUCUUAUGUUGGGGAAGAUGGGACCCCUGAUGGAGAGAGUGGGCACAAGAGAAAGGGUGGGAUUUUGCAGAAGAAGGGUAAAUGGAAGACUGUUUCAAAGAUAAUGAUGGAAAAAGGCUGUUCUGUUUCGCCCCAACAAUGCGAGGACAAGUUUAACGAUCUUAACAAGAGGUAUAAGAGGCUGAAUGAUAUAUUAGGGAGAGGGACCACUUGUAGGGUGGUUGAGAAUCCCUCUCUCUUGGACUCCAUGAACCAUCUCUCUGCAAAAACCAAGGAUGAUGUGAGGAAGAUCUUGAGUUCCAAGCACUUGUUUUACAAGGAGAUGUGUGCAUACCAUAAUGGCCAGAGGAUCUCCAAUGUCCAUGAAGUCCAUCCAUUGAUGUUGUGCAAAAGCAGAGAGACUCAAGAUGGGUGUGAUUUCGUCAAGGAUGAUAAUGGGUUUGGGGGUGAUGAGGAUGAGGAUGAGGAGAAUGACGAUGAUGAGUUAGAUAAUGAUGACGACGACGAUGAUGAUGGUGAUGAUGAUGAUGGCAAUGUCGGUGAUGGUGAUGGAGAAAGAAUGGUCAGUUUGGGGAAGAGAAAGAAGGUCAAUGAAAAUGAGGGUUGUUUUUGGCCUCAAGGGAUAGUUUCAGAAUGUGGGAAAACUGGGGUUGCUGAGAACUUUGGGGUAGAGAUGGCAGGGAUGUUGCCUGAUAAUGCAAAGUCACCAUGGGAGCAAAGGGAGUUGAUCAAGAGCAGAGUCUUGCAACUUCAAGAACAGAGAGUUGGGUUACAAGCUCAAGCAUUCGAGUUAGAGAAGCGCCGGUUUAGGUGGCAGAAAUUCUGCAGUAAAAAGGAUAGGGAAUUAGAGAGGUUGAAGCUAGAGAACGAGAGGAUGAGACUUGAUAAUGAAAGGAUGUCCCUUCAAAUGAGGCAGAAGGAGCUAGAUAUGGAAUAGAAGAAAUAUCCACAUAACUGAUUAGGCCUGCUUGUUUCUCGCUGGCUAGGUUUGAUGUAAGGGAUCUCAGGAUUUAGUAGUUGUUAUGGAUGGUACUUUUAGAUCUAACACUCUUUUGGGUUUUGAAGUAUUGAGAUGUUCUUAAUUUCGUUUUGUCCAGCUUGAUGCUCCAAGACUUUGGUGGACCCACUGAAAAUUCAGGAGAGGUAAACUGUUUUGAUAUCUUCAUUGGGGUUUGACAGUUUUGUGCUGUACAGUUGUGGAGAUGAAAGGAAUUUGCUUUUGACUUGUACAUCUUUCUUUGUCAUGUGACUUUACAAUGUUACUGUGGUCCACUUUCUUUAGUUCAUACUCCAUAGUCUUUGUAACUUGCUUGGCAAUUGUGAGAACUUAAAACAUUAUAAUCAAAGAAAUGGAUCUCACCCAUGUGGGCUGAUGAUGU